AUUUCUAGAUAAGAUAAGCGGUACUGUCAUUACCUUCAUUCUGUUUGAUUAUUAAGUCGUUUAGUAGAGUCCUGGUUGUUAGUUUAUAGUUGGAUAUGAAAAUGUGGCGUUUAAUCACGUUAUUCAUAAUUUUCUUUACUGGAAAUGACGUUUACGGUAGCAUCUAUGAAAACUAUCGAUUGCCAAAUACUUCCAUCCCUUCAAGAUAUCAAAUUAUGUUUUCAAUACCUACCGAAGUAUUGACUAGAGAAAGUAACACGUUUACUGGUGCAGUAAUUAUAAGGUUCCAAGUGACUAAACCAACAGAUGUUGUGCAUCUUCAUUCUGCUGUUAAUAUUUCCUCCAUGUCUUUGAAAUACAAUGAAAAUUUCACGGUAGCUAUUAAUAAUGUUUCUACUAAUUAUACUACCGAGAUAUUAACAGUAAAAUUAACGAAAAACAUAACGGUUGGAAUAGAUUAUGAUUUAGAGAUAGAGUACUUUGGAACAGUGGAAACAGUCAAUUUACAUGGAUUGUACGUGGGUCAAUAUACAGUGAACGAUACAGUAGAAUACUUACUCGCUACACAAUUCGAAGCGACAAAUGCCAGAAGAGUAUUUCCGUGUUUUGACGAACCUCAGUAUAAAGCUACUUUCGCAUUGUCUAUUUCGUAUCCAAUGGGUUUCGUAGCUUUUUCGAAUACGCCAGGGUUUGUGGAUAAUUUUGAUGAAGAAAAUCACAUAGCCACAAGAACCUUUUCAGAAACGUUACGCAUGUCAACCUAUUUGUUAGCAUUUACAAUAACUAAAUUCACGUGCACUUCCCGUAUAGUUGGUAGUACUUUUUUCGAAGUUUGUUCGAGAAACUCUACGAUUAAAGAUCGAGAGCUCGCAUUGGAAUACGGGAUUAAAAUCGUAGAAACUUUAGAUAAAUGGACCAAUUAUUAUCAUAAUGUAACUAAUAUUAAAAAACUGGGGCAAGUUGCUUUACCAGAAUUUGAAGCGGGUGCUAUGGAAAACUGGGGGAUGAUAACGUACAGAGAAUUAACCCUAUUGUGGAACGAAAAUUUGAGUGGUGAUAUAUAUAAACAACAAAUUCUAUCAAUAAUAUCUCAUGAAUUUUCUCACAUGUGGUUUGGGAAUUUAGUAACAACAAAAUGGUGGGAUAGCGUGUUUUUAAACGAGGGUUUUGCUAGAUAUUUUCAAUAUUUCAUAUUACAUCAGAUUGAUGGUAUGGGAACUUUCGAAAUGGAUAAACAAUUUAUUAUUGAUCAACAAUACAGCGCAUUACUAGAAGAUGGGACGUCUAAUAAUAAUUCUUUGAUCCAUGAAGCAUGGACACCUGAACAAAUAAGCAACAAAUUCGAUAUAAUAUCUUAUAAUAAAGGCGCAUGUAUAAUACGGAUGAUUGAGAAUCUUGUUGGCACAAACAUUUUUCAGUCGGCUCUUCGUCAGUAUAUAAAAAAUAAUGUUUUUGAAUCCACAACUCCUGACGAUUUGUGGGAAGCUUUUACUCAAGUUAUACCGAAUGGAACUCUACGAGAAUCAAUUCCAUUUACUGAAUUUAUAAAAAAUUGGAUCAAAGAAAGCGGAUAUCCGAUUGUCAUAGUCCAAACAAACGGUAGUAAUGUCAUUCUUACUCAGAAAAGAUUUUCGUAUGAAAACUUUGACGAUAAGCAAUGGUAUGUACCCAUCACUUAUAAAUUGUCUGGAAGUCAAACGUUUGAAACAGCUUGGUUGAAACCAAACAGAUCCUUGCAGUUGAAUAAUGUUUUAUCUGAUAACGGUUGGAUUGUUAUAAAUCAUAAUUCACAAGGUUACUACAGAGUUCAUUACGACAGCAUCAUGCUAGAGCGAUUAACAACGGCACUAAAAUCUGAUAUCAAUCAAUUCUCAGAUUUAGAUAGAGCACAAAUAGUAGAUGAUAUCCUCAAUUUGGCCAGUUCAACCAAAAUGGAAUAUUCCGAAGUAUUCAAAAUAUUACAGUACGUGAAAAACGAAACAUCUUACUAUCCAUUGUAUGCGGCAAUAAAAAGUUUGGAUGGAGUAAAAAAUAUUUUUGGAAAUGAUUCCAUAUUGGGGAAAAAGAUGAAUAAUAUGGUGCUUGAAUUAACCGAAAAUAUAAUUAAUUCGGUAUCUUUUACGAAUUGGACGACAAUAAACCAAAUCAGUGUUCUCAAAUUCAACAUGUUGUGGACAACAGUUUGCUCAAGUGGACAAGAAAAAUGUAUAUUAGAAACUACGAAACUGUAUCAACAAUUUAAACGUAAUGAAAUUAAGAUUCAUCCGAAUCAAAGAUAUCUCGUAUAUUGCAAUGCUAUUAGAUACAGUUCAAACAUACAAGAAGAUUGGAAUUUCUUAUGGAACAGACUACACGAAAUCGAUCAACCCCAUGAAAUUAGGGACAUUUUAAACAGUUUAGGAUGCACCAGUAACAAUAAGUACCUUGAAACAUUCUUAACUCAAUCCAUUAAUUCAUCUUCAGUAAUUAGACUUCAAGAUAUCACUACGGUCUGGUCUACAGUUUGUAAAAAUAAUCCGAAUGGUGUAGAUAUAGCUUUCGAUUAUUUUACUAAAAACUAUGAGCAGAUAUUGAAUUAUUAUACAAAAGGAAUGUCACUUUUCCGUGGAAUAGUAUCAAUGUGUACAAAUCAAAAUCAACUAGCAAAGGUACAAAAAUUCUAUGAUCAGCAACCAAACAGCUCAUCACUAAGCUCGUCUAUCAAGUCGGGCUUACAGACGAUAGAAAAAAAAUUAAAAUUCAAGUCCACUGUUGAAAAAGAUCUAAUGAAGUAUUUUGGAUUACCAAGCUCAGCUUCCAGUACAUCUGCUCUGUGUAUUUCUUUGUUACUAAGCAUUGUCAUCUUUAUAUAAAAAUGUUUAUAUUUAUCGUAAUAUUGUAAAUAAAGAAUGUUCAAAUA